UGAUAGCCUAAUUUAUUUCUGUGCCCAAUGUCUCAAAAUACUAACGGCAAUACUUCUGUGUAUUAUUGUAACCAUUUUAUAACCUGCCUUUAUAGUAAAUAUUGUAUUGUCAACUCUAAAUAUAUUAACAAUCAAUCGUUCACAUUAUUCAUAUUAUUAUGUUGAGAUGUCUCUUCGUGGGAGCUGUUGUCCUCCUAACCUUAUGUCGAUGACAUUGGUGAGGAAUCAGGCAGAAGUACAACAGACUUUGGAUACGGGAGAGAUGAUGGAUCGAGUUAUAACAUCUGAUCGCGUGAAUCACGGCGCUGUCAUCGCGCUGGCAGCAGUCAGCUUGAUUCUGCUGAGAAAAUGGAUAGCUGGUGGAGUGUGCAAAAGCCGUGCUGGUUUGGACGGAAAGACGGUUGUGAUCACAGGUGGCAAUAAUGGGAUUGGGAAGGAAACUGCAAGAGAAAUGGCUCGCAGAGGUGCUCGGGUAGUGAUGGCCUGCCGUGACCUCACUAGCGCUGAGAACGCUGCAGACUCUAUUCGUCGCUCCACAGGAAAUGGCAAUGUAGUCGUCAGGCACUUGAAUUUGGCAUCUCUUUACUCUGUCCGACAAUUUGCAAAAGAGCUCAUUGCCACAGAGGAACGACUGGACAUACUCAUCAACAAUGCAGGUGUGAUGAUGUGUCCCAAAUGGACCACAGAGGAUGGCUUUGAGACACAGUUUGCUGUCAAUCAUUUGGGGCAUUUUCUUCUGACCAAUCUGCUGUUAGGAAUGUUAAAAAGAUCCUCCCCUAGCCGGGUCGUGAACGUGUCCAGCAUUGCACAUGUUGGAGGGAAAAUUGAAUUCGAUGAUCUGUUUUUUGACAAAAACCCUUACAGUCCUUUGGCCAGCUAUAAACAGAGCAAGCUGGCCAAUAUUCUUUUCUCCCGAGAACUUGCAAGGAGAAUGAAAGGUACUGGAGUCUCAUCGUAUAGCCUGCAUCCAGGAGUUAUUCGCACAGGCCUGGGUCGUCACAUCGAGUCGUGGUACCCCAUGAUGAAGACCGUAAUGACUCUGCCCAGUAUGCUGCUGAUGAAAACUCCCUGGCAGGGUGCACAAACCUCUAUCUACUGUGCUGUCACAGAGGGCUUGGAGAGGAAGUCCGGCUGCUAUUUCAGUGAUUGUGCUGAUAAAGACCCUGCUCCAGAAGGGAAAGAUGAUGCAGUGGCAAGAAGGUUGUGGGAGGAGAGCGCUCGAUUGGUCGAACUAAAUGACCAGUGCUGAAACGUCAUACUGCACAAGUAGGACGCACUUACUUCCCCUAGAGGUGAUCCUGCGAACGAAAACUCGUACAGGUGGCGUAAACAGAGAGCAGCCCAGAGAUCUUUCUCAAAGAUGCCAGACCAUUAGAAAUACAUACCACUAGUAAAUUUAUGUUAGAUAUUAAAUUGCUGCUGCAGUGUGAUGGCGUUCUGUUUUAGUGAUGUAUGCUGCGUCCC